AAGCUGUUUCCUCAUUUUUACACAGGAUUAGGUAAGGAUCCGGUGUGAGAGAUGGCGUCUACAACGUACGUAGAGGAACUAACCUGUUCUGUGUGUCUCUCUCUCUUCACUGAUCCAGUCAGCCUCUCCUGUGGUCACUCAUUUUGUCGACAAUGUUUUACAAACUUUCGGAGAACACAGAAUCUGUGUCCUCAUUGCCGGGCUAGAAUCUCAACAGCUGAGGGAAAUCUCUCAACCAACCACAUUCUGAAGAGCUUGGCCGACAAAGCUAAAGAGGAAGCAGUACGCGACGAGAAGACAAGGGGGACUGAGUGGUUGUGUCCAGACCAUGACGAGAAACUGAAACUAUUCUGUGAGACAGACCAACAGUUGGUUUGCGUCAUAUGCCGGGACGGGGAGAAGCAUGACGGGCAUAAGUUUAAACCUAUCAAAGAGGCAGCCUCAGCUAGGAGGAGGGAAUUAGAUGAGGCCAUUCAGUUCCUCACUAGUGACAACAGCUCUGUGGAGCACCUGGCCAAACAACAGGAAAAAGAGAUGACAAAAACCAAGACUAAGUCCUGUCAGCUGAGGACUCAAAUCAGCAGACAGUUUGAAGAGAUGCACCAGUUUCUGAAGAAGAGGGAAGAUCAAAUAAAGAAUGAGUUGCAGGAGAAAGAAGAGAAGACCUUGACGAAUAUGAGAGGGAAUUUUGAGAGUAUGGAGUUGAUUCUGUCAGAGAGGAAAGAGAAGGAGGUGAUGAUGAAAUCUGCUCAGAACAUCCCGGACAGUGAGGGUUUCCUGCAGUGGUGGAAUGAACAGGGCUUGUCUGAGGUGGAGGCACUAAAGAACAGGGACAUGCCACCACCAGAACUUCAUGGGGAGGACACGACUGAGACGCAAGGAGCCACCAAGGAGCGUCCAUACAAGUCCAGGGUGGAUGACCUAAAGGUGACACCUGUCUCCCUCUCUCUGGGGCCCUAUGAGUCUCACCUGCAGUUCUUUGUGUGGAAGGAGAUGCUGCAGGUAAUCAAUCCUCUACCAGAGAGACUAACACUACAAACAGUGAGUCAGAAACUGACUAUCUCCAAUGACAGACGCAGUGUGUUUUGUACUCCCAAAAAUGUGGAAUCAGCUCAUUCAGCUCGACAUCAAUCACAACAAUCAAAAUUACUGAGUAACAGUAAGUUCAGCACUGGACAACACUGCUGGGAAAUAGAAGUGGGAAGUGGGGCUUUCUGGGAACUGGGAGUUAAAAAAACUUCGGGGGUUUUUUGGUUGAAUCUUUUUGGUUCAAAAACAAUGUGUCUCAGGUAUAGAAAUAAAAAAUAUACUGUUCACUGUAUGGGUACCGAAAUACAAAUCCUUUUAAGAGAUACACCUCGAAAGAUAGCUCUAUACCUAUGUUGUGCAACCAAGGAACUCUCUUUCUACAAUGCAGAUGACAUGUCGCUUAUCUAUACUCUAGUCUGUUAUUGGGAAGACGUGUCAGCCUAUUUCAACAUUGGUGGAUGUGAUGGAGUAGAUUCUGACCCCCUGACAGUCUGCUGGUAUUGAUCUGCUUAUCAUAGACCCCCUGACAGUCUGAUAUUGAUCUGCUUAUCAUAGACCCCCUGACAGUCUGGUAUUGAUCUGCUUAUCAUAGACCCCCUGACAGUCUGGUAUUGAUCUGCUUAUCAUAGACCCCCUGGCAAUCUGCUGGUAAUGAUUUGCUUAUCAUAGAUCCCCUGACAGUCUGGUAUUGAUCUGCUUAUCAUAGACCCCCUGACAGUCUGCUGGUAUUGAUUUUCUUAUCAUAGACCCCUGACGGUCUGAUAUUGAUCUGCUUAUCAUAGACCCCCUGACAGUCUGGUAUUGAUCUGCUUAUCAUAGACCCCUGACAGUCUGGUAUUGAUCUGCUUAUCAU